AUGGCAGAAGCAGCAGGAUUGAAGUCUGUGACAUCCUCCCUGCUAUCAACUGGUCGAUACUCCGAUCUUCAGAUCGUUUGUAAAGAGAAGACUUUCAAUGUGCAUCGAGCAAUUUGUUGUCUGGCUUCGAAGGUGCUUGCUGCUGCUGUCGAUCGAGAAUGGAAGGAAUCCACUACUGGAAUCUUCGUAAUGGAGGACGACGAUCCAGACACCGUGGAGCGACUAAUUAGCUACAUGUACACGAUGGACUACACGGACGGGCAACAAGUUAAGCACGCAAAGCACCACCACGAAAGCACGGCAAAUUUGGCUCAUUCACAGCCCAUCGAUACCACGGGUCGCAAUCCUCUUCUCAAUAACGCCCUCGCUUUCGUUCUCGGUGACAAAUACGAUGUUAGUGGGUUCAAGAAUCUUGCCAAAGCCAAGUACGAAGCAGCUCUCCCCGAUUAUUGGAACAGCGCGUCCUUCGUGGAUAGCCUGAAGCUCCUGUAUGAAGCCAGUCCAGAUUCUGAGCGAGACUUGAGAGACAUUGCAGUUAAGGCUGCCGGGAAUCAUGCAAGAGAACUGAUGGAUCAUGGCGAAUUCUGUGCUUUGUGUAAAGCCAACGCUGAAAUUGCUUUCGACGUCCUUGCCGCAUCACUGGUAUCUGGGAAAACCAGAGGCAUCCCUGCGGCACCCGCAGUAUCCCAGCAAUACGAAAAAUGUCCGGUAUGUGACUCUGAAGAUAUCGAAUUGCUGAAAGCGGGCACUAUGAAUGCGACGAUUGUGGAAAAUGCUUUUGUUGAUGGGUUGCGCUAUGUGAUACACUAG